AGAGGCAGGCAGACCGGCCGGCUGGCACUCGGGUGCCUUUAGCGCCCGUGCAUCUCCGAGUCAGUCAGUCGGUCGGUCGGUCUCUCGGUCGGUUCAUUCGCUAAAGCUCUUGCUUUCUCGUUGAAGAAACGAACACGCGAGUUGUGUUAUUUUCUUCCCCCCUUUUUAACCCGCCUGCCCACCCCCUAUCUCCCACACCCCUCCCCCUUAAUUCACGUUACAACACAACGUUUUAUCUUAAACGUGUAACUUUCGUUCGUGGAAUUUUUUUAUGUCAUUUAAAACGCGAUUGAGAGAAAUAUCUUUUUAAGACAAACAAAUUUGAACAAAAACUACGAACUCUCGUCGAAUGAUAAUUAAUUAAUUAUUAUUAUUAUUAUUGAUACUAAUCGUAUUAAGAAACGAACCAAAGAGAUUAUAGAACAGUGCCGUUUAAUGAUCCGUAUACCAAAUUGAUACCAAAAUAAUAUAGUGACAAAUUUACGUGAGUGUGAGAUGGUGUCGAAGAAAUUAAACGUGUUUUGACAAAGUAAGAAAAAUCAAAUCAAAACAAACAAUUUAAACAAGCAAAUAAAAAGAUAUGGAAAUUGAAUGACUGUUGAUAUCGUUUAAAAAUAAAAAAUAAAAGUGUUGUUGUUGUUGAGUUUGCGAGAGGGUGUACGUGUGUGUGUAUGUGUUUGUAAGUGAGAGAGUGUACAAAGAAAAACGUGAGAAAAAAAGCAUCAAGAUGAUGAAAAAGGAGAAACCUAUGAUGUCCGUGACGGCCAUUAUCCAGGGAACGCAAGCUCAACAUUGGGCUCGUGGUAAUACCUGGUUAAGCCUGGAUAAUAGCAACAUGUCGAUGUCAUCAGUAGGCCCACAGAGUCCACUUGACAUCAAACCCGAUACGGCUAGUCUAAUAAGUCCAGGAAACUUCAGUCCUUCAGGUCCUAACAGUCCAGGAUCCUUCAACGCUGCUGGUUGUCACAGCAACCUCUUGAGUACCUCGCCAAGUGGACAGAACAAAGCGGUUACACCAUACCCACCGAAUCACCCUCUGUCAGGCAGCAAACAUCUUUGUUCGAUUUGUGGUGAUCGAGCUAGUGGCAAACAUUAUGGUGUUUAUAGCUGCGAAGGAUGCAAAGGAUUUUUCAAAAGGACCGUUCGCAAGGAUCUCUCGUAUGCCUGUCGCGAAGAAAAAUCUUGCAUAAUCGACAAAAGACAGAGAAAUCGUUGCCAAUAUUGUCGAUAUCAAAAAUGUUUGGCCAUGGGAAUGAAACGAGAAGCUGUACAAGAGGAACGACAACGUACCAAGGAACGAGAUCAAAGUGAAGUUGAAAGUACAAGCAGUCUUCAUGCUGAUAUGCCGAUCGAACGUAUUUUAGAAGCUGAGAAGAGAGUUGAAUGCAAGAUUAUCCAACAAAUUGUAACAACCGAAGAAAAGGAUCUAAUGUUGCAGAUACGCCACGCUUCAAAUAAACAGAUGUUUCAACUGGUAGCAUGGGCUAGACUCAUCCCUCAUUUUACCUCGUUACCAAUGGAAGAUCAAAAGUUAUUACUAAGGUGUGGCUGGAACGAGUUGAUGAUAGCAUCCUUUUCUCAUCGUUCAACUUCUUACAAGGAUUGUCUUGUUUUGGCAAAUGGUUUUCUCAUCAACCGUGAAUUGGCACCACAUACUGGCGUAAGCCCGAUAUUUGAUCACGUCCUAUCCGAACUUGUAACCAAGAUGCGAGAUAUGAAGGUGGACAAAACUGAAAUAGGUUGUCUCAGAUCAAUAAUCCUGUACAAUCCUGAUGUACGAGGUUUAAAAUCCAUCCAAGAGGUCGGUCUUCUACGUGAGAAGGUUUACGCAGCAUUAGAAGAUUAUACACGUGUAUCUUGUCCGAACGAUUCAGGAAGAUUCGCUAAGUUAUUACUUCGCUUACCAUCCAUUCGUUCAAUCGCCCUCAAAUGUCUCGAACAACUUUUCUUCUAUAAGCUGGUCGGUAACAUACCAAUCGAAGACUUCCUAAAGGAGAUGCUGGAGAGACCCCUUGAAGAAUGCAUCUAAGAGGAACAAAAGGUGUGUCUCAUUUUAGGGCACACCGAUCUCUAAACGAAAGGUGAAAGAGAUUCAAAAUGUAAAAAGGAAAGAUGAAAAAAAAGAUAGGAAGAGAGAAAGAGAGAGAAAAAGAGAAAGAAAGAAAGAAAGAAAGAAAGAAAGAUAAAUUAACAAAAGGAAAUAACGCUGGGUAGAAAGAUGAUUAAUUAUGGGAUUAUUAAAAAAUAAAAGAAAUUAGAAAGAAAACAGAGCUAUACGUUAACACCAUACUACUUACUAUAUAACAAUGGUAACAAUUGCAACAAAAAUUAAGA